AUGACACCGCCGCACAGCUUCGCGAUCCGCGAUCUUCUCCCGGAGGCCUCGUCCCGCUCGCCCUCCCCCUCCGACACCGAGCUCGACGUCACUGGCACCGAGACUCCGCCGCCGGGCUCGUCGAAGCAAACGAACGAAGAGAAGAAAAACGAAAAACCCGCAUACAGUUACAACGCCCUCAUCAUGAUGGCGAUACGAAGCAGCCCCGAGAAACGGCUGACGCUAAACGGUAUAUACGAAUAUAUAAUGAAAAACUUCCCCUACUACAAGGAGAAUAAACAGGGCUGGCAGAACUCUAUCAGGCAUAACCUAAGUCUCAAUAAAUGCUUUGUGAAGGUGCCGCGGCAUUACGACGAUCCUGGGAAGGGCAACUACUGGAUGUUGGAUCCGUCAUCGGACGAUGUGUUCAUCGGUGGUACGACCGGGAAGCUGAGGAGGAGGUCCACGGCUGCGUCCAGGUCGAGAUUAGCCGCGUUCAAAAGAGGAGCAAUCCUCCAUCCGAUGUUCGGGAAUCCGUAUGCGUCACUUGUCGGAUUGUAUCCGCCUUUGUUGUCAGUUUAUGGACGAUAUGCCCUACCUAGUCCAUUACUCCGGCUUCCUCCACCACCCCCGAGUCCUUAUCACCAGUUGUACAGAAGGAUACAUGGACUAGCGCCUCCUAUCAGUCCUCCCGCUCCGGAUCCAGAGCCGCAUCUGUUGAAGCACAGUUGA